ACAUUUUGAAUAUACUGACAAUCAAUGAAUCUGUUGACUGAUUACUGCACGGGCAGAUAUAGAAUUCUGUUAGUUUUUAAGAUUUUAACAAGCUAAAAUAAAAUCUGCGACAGAAAAUACCCGAAUAUAUUAAAAAUCACCUUAAACUGAAAAUGAGCAAUCAAUUUGUACCUACGAAACACUGAUGCAUAAGACAGUGAAGUGUGGGCAGGCCAUAUAGCAGCCUGUUGACCAAUCAGGAUUCUGUUCGAUAUUGGUUGCCCAGGUAUGAAGUUGGUAGUUAUCGUGCACAGCAAAAAUUCAAAUUAUUUUCGACAAAACUGUACUGAGCGCUCCGUGUAGGCCCGUUUUUUUAGGAGUUAUUCAUAUAUAAAUUAAUCUCUCUACGAUAUGCGUGAGUGCAUCAGUCUUCAUAUUGGUCAGUCUGGUGUUCAAGUUGGUAAUGCAUGCUGGGAGCUUUAUUGCUUAGAGCAUGGUAUUCAACCGGAUGGUCAUAUGCCAAGCGAUAAAACAAUCGGUGGAGGAGAUGACUCAUUUGAAACAUUUUUCAGUGAAACUGGAGCGGGAAAACAUGUUCCACGAGCAGUUAUGGUGGACUUAGAACCAACAGUUAUUGAUGAAGUUCGAACUGGUACAUAUCGCCAACUUUUCCAUCCAGAACAGCUCAUCACUGGAAAAGAGGAUGCUUCAAAUAAUUAUGCUCGGGGUCACUAUACCAUAGGAAAAGAAAUAGUAGAUUUAGUCUUAGAUCGUAUUCGAAAAGUGGCUGAUCAAUGUGGAGGUCUACAAGGUUUCCUCAUUUUCCAUUCAUUGGGAGGUGGAACUGGAUCUGGAUUUACAUCUUUAUUAUUAGAACGUGUCAGUAUAGAUUACGGCAAAAAAUCAAAACUUGAAUUUGCCAUAUAUCCAGCCCCACAAAUUUCUACAUGCGUAGUGGAACCGUAUAAUUCCAUUUUAAAUACGCAUACUUCUCUAGAACUUAGCGAUUGUUCAUUUAUGACUGAUAAUGAAGCUAUUUAUGAUAUAUGUCGACGUAAUUUAGAUAUUGAACGUCCUACUUAUACAAAUCUUAAUCGACUGAUUGCUCAGUGUGUGAGUUCAAUUACUGCAUCUCUUCGAUUUGAUGGAUCACUGAAUGUUGAUUUAGCCGAAUUUCAAACUAAUUUAGUCCCAUAUCCUCGUAUUCACUUUCCACUGACAACACUUGCUCCAAUUAUUAAUGCAGAAAAAGCUUAUCAUGAAAGAUUGACUGUAACUGAAAUAACAAACAGUUGUUUUGAACCAGCAAAUCAGUUAGUUAAAUGUGAUCCACGUCAUGGUAAAUAUAUGGCAUGCUGUUUAUUAUAUCGUGGUGAUGUUGUACCAAAAGAAGUAAAUACAUCAAUAGCAACAAUCAAAUCAAAACGAACAAUACAAUUUGUUGAUUGGUGUCCAACUGGUUUUAAAGUUGGCAUUAAUUAUCAACCGCCAACUGUAGUACCUGGUGGUGACUUAGCCAAAGUUCAACGUUCUGUAUGUAUGCUAAGUAAUAGUACAGCCGUUAUUGAAGCAUGGGCUAGAUUGAAUCAUAAAUUCGAUUUAAUGUAUGCAAAACGUGCAUUCAUUCAUUGGUUUGUUGGUGAAGGUAUGGAAGAAGGUGAAUUCUCGGAGGCAAGAGAAGAUUUAGCAGCUUUAGAAAAAGAUUAUGAAGAAGUUGGUGCAGAUACUGUUGAAGGAGAUGAAGAAGGUGAGGCGGAAGAAUAUUAAAUUCGUUUAUAUAACGGUAAAUAGAUGAAAUAUAAUGAAUGGAAAAAAAUAUUUCGAUUAAAUAUCAGCAAUAAUAUACAUAUAUAAAAGUGAUCCUUCAAGUAACAAGUACCAGUCAACCAGUUAAAAUAAACUGUACAACAUUUGAUUGAAUCAAAUUACUCUAUAAAUGGGAAAUUUAUAUUCCAGUCACUUGUUAACUAAAUAAAAAGACAAUAACUUUUAAACUACUAUCACAAGACAUACAUUGGUUCAGUGAUAGCAAAAAGUUGACAAUAUUAGAAUGACAAUAAUUCAUCUGUCAUUUUGAUAUAACUUGUUUUUCCUUUACUUGGUUUAAUUAAGAGUGAUUAAAAACUAUUGGGAUUAAUCUAUAGUUAAA